AUGGCAUCCGGCCUUCCCCUCAGGCCCCAAACCCCAGCUUCUAGUCAGCAACUGAUCAGGAGUGACCGCGGCAGCAUGUUAACAAUGUCUGAUGACAAUGUGAUGAUGAAACAAAUUUUAGCAACUCAUGCUCCUGAUGGCCGAGAGUUUGAUGUUAAACUUCUUCUCCAACAUGUUGAAGACAUCCUCAAACGUGCCACCCUGCAAGCGCAACCCGAUACCUCUCAGACGACUUCCGAAAUCGAAGCUGAAACGGAUGCCCAGACCCUCCAUUUCACUUUCAUUACAAUGUUCGAUGCACUGUCGUAUAUCAUAGACAGAAUUUCCCGCGAGAUUGCCUAUAAGGCACUCAGUGGGAUAGAUGCCCACGCAACAACUGUCUCGCUUUUCGAUAUGCUAGAAAGCUAUUCCUGGGAUGCCAAGCUGGUGCUCACCUUGGCAGCUUUCGCUUUGAAAUACGGACAGUUCUGGUUGCUUGCCCAGAUUUACUCAUCAAACCCACUUGCCAAAUCUAUGGCAACCCUCAAGCAAUUGCCUAGCAUCCUGGAGCAUUCUGGGCCCUUGAAGCCUCGCUUUGAUGCCCUUAACAAUCUGAUCAAGGUCAUGAUGGAUUUGACUAAGUGCGUGGUUGAGUUCAAGGAUCUCCCACCUUCUUACAUUUCUAGUGAAGUACCAGCAUUGUCCACAGCCGUGGCUCUUAUCCCUACUGCUGUCUACUGGACCAUAAGGAGUGUCGUGGCUUGUGCCGCUCAGAUUACGAGCCUCACUACCAUGGGACAUGAGCAUACAAUAUCAACCACUGAGGCAUGGGAGCUAUCCACCUUGGCUCACAAACUCACCAACAUACUUGAGCAUCUCAGGAAGCAAUUGGCUACUUGCCAUCAACACAUAGAUGAAAAGAGGAAUGUCGAAGACUUUCAAAUGCUUCUGAAUCUCUUUGAAAUGAUCCACAUUGACAACAUGAAGAUCCUCAAGGCCCUGAUUUAUGCCAAAGAUGACAUGCAGCCACUUCUAGAUGGCACUUCCAAGUGA